AUGAUAAUAUUAAUUUAAAUCUUUUUCCAAUAUUUCUUAUGUUUCUUUACAUUUUUCUUAAUCUUUUUCUUUAAAAAAUUUCUCUAGAUUUUACUGUAUAUUUUAAGUUGUUUUUUUAUUUUAUUAUAAGUAAUUUAUUUUAUUUUUAAAUUAAAUUAAAUUUGUUGCCUAUACUUCCUAUAAAUGAAUAUUAACUUAUUUUCUUUUUAAUUCUUUUAUUAAUUCUAGGUUCAUUUUCUUCUAUUACAUUUAAAUAUUCAAUAGGGAUUUCUCGAUUUCUCUUAUUUAUUUAUUUAUUUAUAAUCGUGA